UCCCAGCUGGAGGAAUUCCUGAACCACUCGUCUCCCAUCUCCAUCUGGGUGGACGGUGAGCGCCUGGACUCGCUGCUGGAGCGCGACGAGCGCCAGGAGCGGCAGCUGCAGGACCUGGAGGAGCGCUUCGGCCUCCUGGAGGACGGCGUCCAGGACAUUCUCCAGGACAGCUCCCAGGUCCAGGGCCGCCUCCAUCCCUUCUUCCAGGCGCCCUUCGGCGGCUUCCGCGAGGCGCUGCGGCCGCCGGUGCAGCGGCUGCGCUUCCCGCGCCGCUUCCGCCGCUUCUCCGGCGACUUCUUCCCGUUCUUCCCGCACCGCCACGGCGGCUUCCAGCAGCUCUUCCAGCCGCUCUUCCAGAUCACCCAGCGCAUGCUGGAGGACGCCCAGGGCAGCUGGGAGAAUCCCUCCGGAGAGUUCGAGACAGGUAGGAGGGAGGGAAGCGCGAUCGCCGAUGGGGGAUCCCAAAUUCCGGUGGGUUUAGGGGAAAGAGUCGCGGAAAAUCCUCACCAGAUCACCCAGCGCAUGCUGGAGGACGCCCAGGGCAGCUGGGAGAAUCCCUCCGGAGAGUUCGAGACAGGUAGGAGGGAGGGAAGCGCGAUCGCCGAUGGGGGAUCCCAAAUUCCGAUCCCAUCCCAUCCCAUCCCAGACUGCGGGCAGGAGGAUCCCUCGCAGCAGGAGCUGCGGGAGCAGCUGGAGGACGCCGUGCGCGUGGCCGAGCGCUUCACGAGCCGCUACGAUUCCCUGCUCCGGGAAUUCCAGGAGGAAAUGCUCAACACCUCCGGCCUGCUGGACCAGCUGAACCGCCAGUUCGGCUGGGUGUCCCGCCUGGCCAACCAUUCCAUGGGAUCCGACGGCUUCCUGCAGGUCACCACGGUGCUGUCCAAGGCUCCGAAUCCCGAGGAUCCGUCGUCGCCGCCGGACACGCAGGUGACGGUGCAGCUCUUCGACUCGGAGCCGCUGGCGCUGACCGUGCCCGGGGACAUCCCCUGGGACGACCCCCGCUUCAUGGAGAGCGUGGCCCAGCAGGCGCUGCAGCACUUCAAGGAGAACGCCAUAGAGUAGCCGGGCAAUGCCGCUGCCGCCGCCCCUCCGGAUCCCCCUUCCCGGGGGGAAUUGGCACCAUGGCUGCCAGCCCUCCCCUCCUGACCCUUCCUGCUGCCAGAACCCUGCGGGGCCCCAGACGGAAAAUAAAGGUAGAGUUGAACCCCCUG